AUGCAUCUAACUACGCAGCCGCAAGGCGCCGUCGGAGCGACCCGUGCCAAUGGGCCCUCGGCGCAGGACGGCCCCGGCUCUCCGCUGCCCUGCUGGCGCUGCACCGCGCGCAUGUCGUGCGCCUUCGAAGAGCAGCAGCAGCAGCAGCAGCAGCAGUGCGACAACACCUUCUCGCAUCUUGCCAGGCCCAUUGCGGUGCAUGGCACGCGCACAGCCAGCGAGGACCUCAAUCUGACUUGCAGCAAUGACCCAUGCCCGAGCACAAGCACAGGUGCCAGUACGCGGAGAAGAAUCGCCAGCAACAACAACAGCAGCAGCAGCACGAGCACCAAGAUCCGCCCAGGCACGGCAUCGACCGCAAUGAUAGCAUACAGCUACUCGACCGGGACUGCAUGCCGUGGAGCAGCGCUGCCCGGGCACACAAGCUGGGAGCAUGAACGCGAUUCGGCGUCCAGUGGUGCGACGCCGCAAACAAGUUUCACGAGCGCCUCGCCCGUCUCGGACUUCGGUCCCCGCCUCGGUCUUGGUCUUGGUCUUGGCCUCGGUAUUGGUCUCGGCCUCGAUGCGCCUAUCGAGCUGGAGCGGUACGCAGCCGCAGCCGUCAACGGCGACCGCAACGGUGAGGAACGCGAUCAUGGGGCAGGGCCUGAACACGGCGUCGUGUACCCUUCGAUGCUGGAGCACGCGUCCUCGCACGCCCACCUCCAUCACCACCACGACCGUGGCAUGGACAUAGAGCGGCGUGCUGCUGCUGUUGCACAGGCGAUAGAGCCGCAGCGUCGAGCGUUCGGCACGCACUUCAGCAGGGACCUCGGCCGACGCAUCGAGGAACGCCGGCUCAUGACGGGCCCUGGCAACCUUGCGGCCGCGCUCGGCUUUGCGUCCGUACCCGCGGGGUUGAGGGCAGCAGGAGAAGAACAUCAAGAAGAAGAAAUGGAGGAGGAGGAGGGUGCGCCAGCGGCACCAGGCAGUCGGAGCCUCUGCCGCGCGGAAAGGCCGCUAACGCGCGCGUCAUCAUCGCCACCGUUCUCGUCGGCCACGCACGAGUGCCUCGGGGCACGCUCGUCCGUCGCGUCUCUGCCUGAUCGCACACUGUCGUCGUCAUCGCCGUCAUCGUCUUCGCUGUUGUCGUUCACUGCUGUCUUGCACAGAGGGGAGCAUUUCAGCGAAACACAAGGAGCAAACGCUCAGACCUUAACCCAUACUCGAGCGUCGGCCCUUCUCGGAUCGCCGAUACGGCUCACACGGCCUAGAAGAUCCAGAUGCGUAGCGGAGCGCCACCCGCCGAGCUCAGCUUCCGCUGGCGCCCCCGCGCUCACUGUCGUUCCCAGCGGCGUCGCUGCCCCCGCAACACCCCUGACGCGCUCAACACCGUCACCGCCACCGUCGUCGCGGGCACGCCCGCACGAACCGCCUGCGAGGUCGAGACGGUCCGACCGUCGGCGCGGCGCGUUCGCGCGCCGCUCUCCGGACACCGCUGCUGCUACCGACGCUCGCCCGCGGCUGGGCAGCUACGAAGACAGCGACAGCGGUGGCGAUGGCGAUAGCGAGACGCAUGUGAGCGAGCAAGCACGCGUGCGCUCCGCCCCGCGCAGCCCGACGGCCGGCAUCACAAGCCGGUGCCAGCGCUGGCUGCACAAGCACAGGAAGCUGCUCGCGCUUAGCAUCGGCCAGUAUGCGGAGAGUGUCGCACCCGGGCAGGAUGCUCUUGCUUUGGGUGGCGCUACAUAUGAGAAGCUCCAUCUCACCGCCGUUGCCUCUGCUGGUGGUGGUGUGUUGGUCAGUCCUUGUAUCAGCUCGCUCGGCAAGGACGUCAGCCAUCCUCGGAGCCGUAGCAACUCGCUCUCCUGUUCCUUCUCCGACAAGCGGCGCAAGCGCCAAUUUAUCCCUCCCUCGCUCGACCUCGGGCCUUCACUUUUCGCUGCAUCAUGCGCCACGCAGAAUGCGGCUUCGUCCGAUGACGCCACGCCUCCCCCGACGGAUGCUACUGGUUGCCCCUCGCCGUCUACGGGAGGCAUCGUGCACAGUCAGGGCGCCGCUGCGCUGUCGAGCAGCCCCGUAGCCCAGCAUAGGGCUGCGCAAGCUGCAGCAGCACAGGAUGUGCAUAUUUUCUCCGCUGGGAGCCCGCUUUCGCAUCGCGCGGUCAUCGAGCCGAGCUCCGGCUGGCGAUCGCCUGAUCCCACCGCUCCUGCCACCCUCUUGCUUGCGCCUGGACCUCAGGCAGCGAUGCCGCCAGUAGGCUCUGACUCUGCAGCAUGCCGCAACAACCACUCCCUGGAUCAGCCGCAAGCCGUACCAAGUAGCGCCAGGAGCGUGCAGGCCAUCGUGCGGAUGCAGCGCGAUGCGUUGCAGCUCUUCAGCGAGGCGGUGCUCGAGCCGUCGUUAUCAGCACCCUCCUCCUUAGACGUUUUGGCUCCUCCCGUCGCACCGCAUUCGGCUCCCGCAUCAGCUCAUCCGCGGCGGCAGCAGCAGGUUUUGCAGGGGCAGCGCGAGGCUAGAAAGUGCGCAAAUGGCGGCUUGUCUGGCUACGGCCAACUCGGCCUUUGGCCUGCACCAUCGCCUGCGCCUUCCCUUUCGCCUUCGCCCGGGCCACAUGAACGUGUCUCGCGUGCGUGGUUGCAAAGCGUACAGCAAGCUACGACUGCAUGCGAAGUUUCAUCGCGAGAAGCUUCGCGCGUCGACCGCUUGCCUCCCAAGCAGCCCGUCUUCUUGCAGCCGCGGGGCCGCUCGGCUGCCGCGGCCUGCGUGCGUGCACCGAACCCUGGGCGGAUGGUGGGCAUUGCCAGCAGCAGGAGCCAGGACUUUUCCCUUGCCGGCCUGUCCGCAUCGGCGUCGCGGAGGCUGCUGAAGAAAGGCCUCUCCUUACGCCACCACGCUUCGUCGCCGCGAAUCGCAGACCCGAGCGAUGGCGAGUUCAGCAGCAUCUCCACCACUACAACGAGCUCGGCGGCGAUCGAGGCGCUCAUCCAACAGCUCAAGUUCCCCACACAGCAAGAGGACGGUGCGGCGAUGUUCGUCAAUGAUCUGCGCGAUCGUCAUCUGCAUGCGCACGCGCUCCUAUCCAACUAA